GGCACUUCCUUCCCUGCUCACGUUCACUCCGCUCCUGCCUGUUUGGAAGCCUCAGACAUGUGUACUGGAAAGUGUGCGCGCUGCCUGGGGCUCUCCCUCAUCCCUCUCUCCCUGGUCUGCAUCGUGGCCAACGCCCUCCUGCUGGUACCUGAUGGGAAGACCACCUGGACGGACGGCAACCUCAGCUUGCAAGUUUGGCUCAUGGGUGGCUUCAUUGGAGGGGGCCUGAUGGUGCUGUGUCCAGGAAUUGCAGCGGUCCGGGCAGGGGGAAAGGGCUGCUGCGGUGCAGGUUGCUGUGGCAACCGCUGCAGGAUGCUGCGCUCCGUCUUCUCCUCCGCCUUUGGGGUGCUUGGCGCCAUCUACUGCCUGUCAGUGGCGGGAGCUGGGCUCCGAAUUGGACCCAAAUGCUUAAUAGACAACAAGUGGGACUACCACUUCCAAGAAACAGAAGGCGCUUACUUGCGAAAUGACACUCUUUGGAAUUUGUGUGAGGCGCCACCUCACGUGGUACCCUGGAAUGUGACACUCUUCUCAAUCCUGGUGGUCGCAUCAAGUCUGGAACUUGUGCUGUGUGGAAUUCAGCUGGUGAAUGCGACCUUUGGUGUGUUGUGUGGCGAUUGCAGGAAAAAGGAGGGUGCAGCUCACUGAGUCCCAUAGGCCACCCCUAAUACCUCAUUUCUGGAAGUCUGAGUGGUCACCCACUCCCUGGUUGGCUAGGGAAAAAAAAAAACAUGCACACUUUUAUCGUUCAGGCUCUUCCUUAGUGGAAUAAACCACCCUGAGCCCCUUCCCCCAGUUCUGGUUUAGCCUUUGGAAAGAGUGUACGUGGGCCUUCAGAGAUAUGUGUCUAGACUUGGGGCUUCUAUAUGUACCUCCCACUCUACCCACAACCCCCACCCCCUCUUGUUAUUCUCUUAACAACAACAACAUAGUUAUUGUUCUGGAAAUAAAAAUCUGUGCUCUCAAGGAAGCUAA